AUGGACCCCCCUCAACUGUAUCUUCAAGAGUCUUUUAAGGGUGCCUGUGGAAGAGCUGGCCAGUACCGAAGACUCCAGCAACCCAGAAAGAAAAAUGGCCCCUUCAAAAGGAAGGGGAUGGAAAGAUGGCAUAGAGCUGUGUCUACCAACCUAGUAAAACAAAACAUAUUGGUGCCCAAAGACGAAACGUCCGGGGAUAGCGACAUGGAAUUUCAUGAAAGCCAGCAAAAUACAAAAAAAAACUGGAUGAAGAAAGUGAAGACUGUUUUGGGAAGGAUGCUGUCCUACAAAAGUAGAAGCAAGUCAGCAAAUGGCAGCAGAGGGGCCUCCGCUAACCCUAAGGAAACUUUCCUUUCAAACCCUCAGAGCCUUCUUCCUAGAAUUGUCAAGGACCUUCCAUCCGCCAGGUUAUUCAUGAAACCAAGAAUGAGAAAGCUGUCACAGAAUGCGACUAUACAACUUGAUGUUGUAGAAGCUGAGACAGAGGAGAUAACCCGAGGAAAUACUCUACUCCGGGCCAGGAGAACCACCAAGCGGUUGUCUGUGACAUCCCUUCCUUCAGGACUGCAGAAGGUUCCUUACUCAUCAAAAAAGAGAUCCCACUUUCCAGCACUCAAAAAAAAGAAACCUAGAGUGGAAAACAUCCUCCGAAAAUCAGAUUUGACAGUGGGAAAGCUUCAAAUGCAGGUGGAUGACCUCAUAGAAACAGUGACAGAUAAAUCCAUGAAGUUAUUGGCCCAAAGACAUGCGGAGCUUCAACAGUGUGAGUUUCUAGGGGAUGAAAUUCUUCAGUCUUCGAAGCAGUUCCAGAGGAUAUCCAAGAGAACCAUGAGGAAGUAUAAACUGAAAAAUGUAGGAUAUAAGAAGCCAGCAGAGUAUAAGUGA